CGUCAUCCAAGCUAGCACUUGAUGACCUUCACUCCACAUCCCAUCCCAUCCAUUCCCCCCAAUAUCAAACAACCUCACCUCCAAAAUGCCUCUCUGCACACUAUACCUGCUCGCCCUCCACCCCACCACCUCCCUACCAACUUUCCUCAAAACUCUAGCCUCCUCCUCCCUAACCCCCCUCGUCAUCUCCCGCGUAAUCCGCUGGAUAAUCCUCCCUUCACACCUCUCCACUACAUCCCUCCUGGCCCAGAACAUCCACUGGGACAUCCUGCUCGUCCUGCCCGGCACCGCCGACCUCCCACCCAAUCUAACCGCCCUGAUCGCGCACAGCUGGCGCAUAGCAGCCGGCGUGCCCAGCGCCCUCGUCGCCGACUUCGCCGCGAAGAAUGAGACGUUAUUAAAGCCCAAGGGGGGAAGUGUGCCGCCGCUUAGAAAAUCCGCCGGGAUAGAGAAAAGAGCACCUAGUAGCCAGGCUCUGGAACUCAGCGCCGAGCUGGAGAGUUGGAUUGCCGCGUUUGUUAAGCGGGGCGGGCCGGAAGCAAACGGCACGGUCAGCAUGUUCAAUCUCCUCGCGUUCAAGCCGGGGCUCAAGGACUCGUAUCUAGAAUACGGGCGCGCGUUUGCCUCGGAGGUGGGGAGCGGUCAUGGCGGUGUUGCUAAAGUCGUUGGGAAGGCUGUUGCGGGGAGUGAGGGUAUGGAUGGGAGUGCGAGGGCCGAAGGGGAUGUGGGGGGUUGGGAUGAAAUCGCCCUCGCGCAUUAUCCUAGUAUCAGGCAUUUUGGCGAUAUGCUGACUGAUAAGGCGUAUCAGGAGGUUAAUCAGCGGUGCAGAGUGCCCAGUUUGAGGGAUACGGCGAUUUUGAUGACUAGUGAGGUGGGGAUAUUGGGGUUGGGGGAGGGGAAGGGGAAGAUGGGGGUGGCGAGGCUGUGA